AUAAGUUCAAGAAAAUAGACAAGAAGCUCUUGCUGAACGCAGAGCAGCUAUGGUUGUGACGUAAGGCACCUGUUUAACCUUCAAAUUCUUUGCUCAACGCCAGACGUGAAGCAGCAGCUUUGAACUUUGGAUCCGCUUCACAGGCUGGAAUAAAGGGUAACCGAAGAACCUAGUUACUGAGCAGAUGGAGCUCUCCCCUGGAGGUUGGUGAAAGAAGCAGGUAGAAUCCCGCUGCCACAGAGACUGCUGCCAAAUACAGUGCCAUGUUUCUUUCAUGAUACGGCACACCGUGGAUUGGAGCUGAAGAUGCGGCCAUGGACAGGCUCCUGGCGUUGGAUAAUGCUCAUUCUUUUUGCAUGGGGGACCCUACUGUUUUACAUUGGCGGACACUUGGUACGAGAUAAUGAAAACCCAGAUCACUCCAGCAGAGAACUCUCCAAGAUACUGGCAAAACUUGAACGGCUGAAACAGCAGAAUGAAGAUUUGAGGAGAAUGGCAGAAUCGCUAAGGAUACCAGAAGGUCCGAUUGAACAGGGUGCUGCGGCAGGAAGGAUACGAGCAUUAGAGGAGCAGCUGUUAAAGGCCAAAGAACAGAUAGAGAUGUACAAGCAGCAAUCCAGCAAUGCUGUUUCAGGCCUGGGAAAAGACCAUGAAAUUUUAAGAAGAGCUAUUGAAAAUGGAGCCAAGGAAUUCUGGUACUUAGUCCAAAGUGAAGUCAAGAAGUUAAAGCAUUUGGAUAGGAACGAACUCCAAAGACACGUAGACGAGAUAUUAAUCGACAUGGGACAUCAGCAAAGGUCGGUGAUGACAGAUCUCUACUACCUCAGUCAGACAGAUGGUGCAGGCGACUGGCGUGAGAGGGAGGCCAAAGAUUUGACAGACCUUGUACAAAGAAGGAUCACCUAUCUCCAGAACCCCAAGGAUUGCAGUAAAGCAAAGAAGCUUGUUUGUAAUAUCAACAAGGGCUGUGGGUAUGGCUGCCAGCUCCACCAUGUUGUCUACUGCUUUAUGAUUGCCUAUGGCACACAAAGAACCCUCAUUCUGGAAUCCCAGAGUUGGAGGUAUGCUACUGGUGGAUGGGAAACUGUCUUUAAGCCUGUCAGCGAAACAUGUACGGAUAGAUCUGGUUCAUCUACAGGACAUUGGUCAGGUGAAGCAAAUGAUAAGAAUGUUCAAGUUGUGGAGUUACCCAUUGUUGACAGCCUGCAUCCACGGCCACCAUACCUACCUCUCGGCGUACCAGAAGACCUGGCUGACCAAUUAAUACGUCUGCACGGUGACCCUGCGGUGUGGUGGGUCUCACAGUUUGUCAAGUAUUUGAUUCGGCCGCAACCUUGGCUGGAGAAGGAGAUUGAGGAAGCAACUAAAAAGCUUGGCUUCAAGCAUCCAGUCAUUGGUGUUCACGUCAGGAGGACAGAUAAGGUUGGAACCGAGGCUGCUUUCCACCCGAUUGAAGAAUACAUGGUGCAUGUCGAGGAACAUUUCCAACUGCUUGCUCGCAGGAUGCAGAUAGACAAGAAACGUGUUUACCUGGCAACGGAUGACCCCACACUGCUGCAGGAGGCCAAAGCCAAAUAUCCCCAGUAUGAGUUUAUAAGUGAUAAUUCCAUUUCCUGGUCGGCUGGACUGCAUAAUCGCUACACGGAAAAUUCUCUCCGGGGCGUUAUACUCGAUAUCCACUUUCUGUCACAAGCAGACUUUCUUGUGUGCACCUUCUCUUCCCAGGUGUGCAGAGUAGCCUACGAAAUCAUGCAGACACUCCAUCCCGAUGCUUCAGCCUAUUUCCACUCCCUAGAUGAUAUUUAUUACUUUGGUGGACAGAACGCUCACAACCAAGUGGCAAUAUAUCCCCACCAGCCACGGAAUGCAGACGAAAUCCCCUUGGAACCCGGGGACAUUAUUGGGGUGGCAGGAAAUCACUGGGACGGCUACUCAAAGGGCAUUAACCGCAAGUUAGGCAGGACCGGUCUGUACCCGUCGUACAAAGUCAAGGAAAAAAUAGAGACAGUCAAAUAUCCAACAUACCAAGAAGCCGAAAAAUAGAUGUCACCCAUUGACUGAAUCACGUGCCAACUAUAAAUGAAACCAGAAGGGAGAAUAACUUAC